CUCCACUUUGUUGCCAUUUGUACGUAAAGCUAAAAUUAUUCUCUGUGUUUACGAUGUUUAUGGUUUAAUACAAAGAUGAGUUUGGGAUGGAUUUAUUCUUGCCGCCGUUUACGUGACCAGGAGAAUUUAAAUCAACGAUCUUCCCCAUAGGAAAACGCUACGCAAUAUCAUCGUUUAAAUAAUUUGUGAUCCAAGAGGUUUGGUUCUAUGUUUGGGUUUAUAUCUAACCUACCAGAGUUUUGCCGGUUCCUUAUAUGCGAAAGCGAGUCAUUUCAAACAGAAGUGGUUACUAAUACCUAAAUUGUUGGCGUUAAGAACUUUCUUUUACCAAGCGUAAACUUACAUUCUGAAAGGAAAAUAUUUCAGGCUUACGAGUGGUGUUGACAACCAGUGGAUCGGAACUCAGACAAAUUUACCACCGAAGAUGUCAGGGCAAGACGUGGAAUUGGCACAAUACGCCAACUUAAUGAGUCCAAUUUGUCAGUAUGAUUUCAGAGCACUGUUUCCGCGCAUUGUUGAUCAGCAUAUUUUGCCACCUUCCAUUCGGCUGUACAAGAACUGACCGUACAUUUAUAAAGAGAUCGACUUAACCUUUUAUUCCCAUACCCCUUUAUAACAAGAUAGUAAUUAGUUUAUGUCGUUAAACCGAAAACAAAUGCUAAACUGCUGCGCUCUAGUGGUCAGGUUACUUCGCUAGGAAGGUUCACCGACUAUUGGAUCUCACUAAGAACCGAAAAAUCGAUGGGAAAACCAACUCUUACAAGGCCAUGCAGAAAUAGACAAAAGUCUAUUUCGAUCUAGUUCCCUCUGAGAAAAUUCCACUCGCUGUUGUUUUAUCACAACAGUCUGCAGAUGUCCCCCAGUUUUUAUUCAUUUACAAGUCAUCCAUCGGCCAUAGCUGUCAAUUCUAUGAAAACUCUUUCUCUUUGUUUAUUUCAAAAACUGUGUUGAUACAAUAUUCGAAUAAGGAACGUAUGUAGCUUGUUUCACGUAAAAUGGAAAAUCCGGCGUGAAAUUUGCCCGCUCUAUAGAGUCAAUCGAGCAGAUUGCAGCUCAAAAGUAAACAAUUUAUAACAGUGGCGAAAUCUGUUUGAGGAGACGGCUUAAGUUUGUGGAGUUGAACCCAUAUACACCUGGCGAUAUUUUCUUCCUUUUCAAAAUUUUCUCAAAACGUAAGAGAAAGUUAUGAAAGGGCUGAGAAAUCGUUGCAAUAACCUGUUUUGAUUGACACAGCCAGGAUGGCGCACAGUUACCUCUGUGUGGGGGUCAGAUAAAAAUAUUUCAUACAUGAAAACUACUUUGCAGUUAAAAGAAAAGAAAAACUUCGAAUGUGGUUUUCUGUCAAUACACGAAGUUGCGAAUACUUAAGGACAAAGGAAGCUUUUUUAUUUCAUCUCUUUGGUGAUGGGUAUCAACGGUUUACAGCGCCGCCCCAAAGGGGCUACCGAUUCGUUUGAAAGAAGACUACUUCAGAAGCGCACUCUCUAGAUUAACAUCUAGAUACUUGCUGUUGGCAGAAAAGAUUGAAGAUACAUAAAAAUACUAGAAUUAAUCUCUUUAAAUUUCGAAGAAAGAAUGACUUUCAAGCCGCAUAUCUGUGGCUGAAGGAAGAAUUUGUCUGUAUUGAAAGAAAAGGAAGAUGCCAUAUUAGCAGCCUUAGGGCACGUAAACAGAUUUGCGCGCAGUAAAUUGAUUUAAACCUCAAGUUUCCCGAGGGAAUAUGUUUGUACAUGCGGAACACAUUCAUUUACAGGCUUUACAGCUUAUGGGAAUCAGGAUAACCCAGACAAGAUCAGCUUGUAGGGAAAAAUGCUUGCAUACGUAUUUUAUUUGAAAACAACCUUAGAUUACUGUUAGUUGACCUCAGAACACCUGUGAUUUAGGCUAACUGUGCAUUUAGUAAGACUUCAAGUAGAGAAUAUUCCAGAAAUCCUAAUUUUACCUGCAUAAAGUCUUUAUUAUAACUCUACAAAAAUUACGAAGCCUUGGGUUGACUUUUUCCAUUGCUUAAGGUUUCGUUUUCGGACCCUUUAUGAAUUAGUCGAACCACAAGACAAGAAUAAAAUUAGACUGCAUGCCCACAUGCAAUUUUAGAAUUAUCCUGAAGAUAAGUUCGCUGAACGCAAAACGUGUUUUAAAUAGCAUUUUCGUUGCUCCCUUUGACCUCACGGCAUAUACCAAAGUUUGAACUGAUGAUCUUUACCUUUCCCGAGUAAGUGUAGGAAACCACAACAUGGCACGAAAGACUAAUUCGGACGAGAAGUACGUUGAAAACUUCUGACAGUGAGAAAACCAAGUACAAUUUGACUUGAACUGGGGAAGACGAGAAUUAAGUUGAAUAUGCGACACUAAGAUGGACCAGAUGUUUUAAAUCUCAGAGACUGAAAUUAAACGGAACUCUCUGCAUGUUUACCUACCGUAUUCAGCGGAAAACUUGCUCUGAGGCGUUCGUGCAAACAAUUCGUUGGGUAUAUGUCAUUAGAAAUACUUCACAGCACCGUAUUUUUCUAUAGCUGAAAGCGAGGAAAGAAUGGCAAAGAAAUACCAGGGGACUGAAUGCCAGAAACAACACCUAACGAAAGGAAUAUACUAGCUUUCCCUGGGAACACUUGAUAUGUGAUGUGUAAAUAAAACUGUAUUACAAGAGGAAGCGUUGAAACUCAAUACUACCAAGUCUUUCCUGCGACUCCCUCAGGUUAGCUGUACUUCUGUAGGAUAGUGUAGCUGCGAUGCUCUUUAAAAAAAAUUGUUCAUUUCCUUGGAAUAAAACAUCGGAAUCGGAGCACAUGUUACAUGUAUUUCACAACCAAAGUUUUACAAAAUUGUUUUGACGCAAAAUAGGCUAUUUUUCUCUCCACUAAGGUCACCACAAAAGAACUAUGUCACGCUCACUCAUAAGUACUCGCUUAAACUAGAAAAAUACACACUGAUUCAAUGCGACGACAGACUUUUGAAAAUGAGCAACUUUGCCUCAUCCUUCACAGCCACACGAGCAGCGACAAGCAGCUGCAAACGAAAGGAACCUUUUGAAAAAUUUUAGCAUAACAUUACCCUUUGAGCUUGUUGACUUCCGACAUCACAGAAAACAGCCUUCAACACUUCUUUGUGGGUUUGUGAGACUUUCAGGAUCGUGUAACUUCUGCGCGACUAUUUUUUCCUAAAAUCUAUUUAUUUUACAGCAGCAACUGUUUGUGUAGUUCACUACAGUCAGCGGCGCACAUUUUUAGCGAUCCAGUUUUUUUUUCGGCAGGCGGGCGAUAAUCUUCCAAAAGCACACAAUACAUUUCUUGAAUAAAAUUUCUUGGACGCCGCGCAGCUUUCGCUGUUGCUAAUUCUAGCCGUGCUAUCUUUCAUUCCUUUCUUUCCAGCCUCUGACUUAGCUACAAAACCGAUUUUCAAUAACAACAAGACGAGUGAAAGGCAAGUCACGACAAGCCGUAUCUUCCGACACUAAACACAGGGAAAGCGAGCUGUGGGCAAAAUGGUGGUCAGACUAGGAGAAUGAGCGUGUGCACGGGCUGCCAGGAACCGAUCGAGGACAGAUUUGUGAUGAAAGUAAUGGACGAACCAUGGCAUGAAAGCUGUUUGCAGUGCUGUAUAUGUAGAAACACGUUAUCACGAUCAUGCUUCAGCAAAGAUAGGAAGCUCUACUGCAGGACAGACUACGAAAAGAUGUAUGGAACAAAAUGCAGUGGCUGCAAGACAACUAUUCCAGCCAACGAGUUUGUGAUGCGCGCAUUAGGCAACGUCUAUCAUAUACAAUGCUUCGUUUGCACAAUGUGUGGACACCGUCUCGAAAAAGGGCAAGAAUUUGCUUUAAAAGAUAACAAAUUAUAUUGUAAAGACGACUAUGGAAAACUUCCAAGUAAAGGCUCGUCGAGCAGCCCACCUCACAAGCAACAACAGGAAAACGUUAUUAAUAACAGUUUCAAAACUGAAAAAGAAACCAAAACGGAAAAAGGAGAUAAUUCAGAUUCUGACGAUUCAUCAGUUAUAGGUGAUGAUGAAAACGACGACAAGAAAGGUCCGAAAAGACCACGAACAAUACUCACAAGUCAACAAAGAAAAAUAUUCAAGUCUGCCUUUGAAAUUAGUUCUAAACCCUGCAGAAAGGUUAGAGAAGAACUUUCAAGAGAAACAGGUCUUAGCGUUCGUGUUGUUCAAGUCUGGUUUCAAAAUCAGAGAGCUAAGAUAAAAAAACUCGCUAGAAGGAAUAAUCCUGAAUCCGAUGGGGCUGCAAGUUGUAGAGUUAGUAAUCGACAAAGAAGUCUUAAGAAAAGUAAAGACGGAAAAUCUUCAAGUCCGAGAGAUAAACGGCGGGCUGACAGAGACAGCUUAGAUCUGCCUCCGUCACUCUCCCCUCCCCCACAGCUUCCAGGAUCUCAACCCCCUCCUUACGGAAUGCUUCCACCUCAAUACCAACAUUUACAAAAUCAUAUGGGACCAAUGAUGGGGCCGCCCCAGUUUCAACCUCCGUACCAAGGACCGCUUAAUCACAUGGACUCGGGUGAAAUGCCUAUGGAACACGGAAUACAAGCCAUCGAUGAAUGUUUGAUGCGACAACAGCAGUUUAACCCGGGGGAUAUGGGCGGAUACCCCACCGUUACAAGUCACAAUGGUCAGAAUCACUUAGAACUUAUGCAUGACAUGAUAAAUUCAUUUUAAUUUAUUAUAAUUAAGACGUAAAAAGUAUCUUGUACAAUGUUUCUCGUCGCAGACAAUAUAUUAGAUUAUUAUCGAUGUUGCUAUUCGCAAAAAGCUAGAAUAUGGGAUUCAUUUCGUUGUUAUUUAUUUUUGCUGAUGCUAGUUUUUAAUACAUUCCCAGCAAAUGUUGUUAAAAAACCGGCUGUGUACGCUUCUUUUUUUUUUUUGGAAAAACUUAUUUUAUGCCUCGUUCUGUUUACACACAAAAGCUGUUAUUUAACAUUAAACACAUCAUCACGUCUUGAACAACCUAUGGGCAAAGUUGUCACAAAAUGACUUAAAAGCAAGAAACUAAAGCUCGGUCAGAAAUAUAAUCAAAGACUUUAUUGCCAGUCGAAUCACUAAGGCUGCUUAAAUUUAUCUGCAGACUUGGUCUGCAUCAGAUAACACGGAAAAUUUUCCAAUUCCCAAUUUCCACCAUGAUACAUUUUACAUUGUUAAGGGUGCUAGGUAGGUGAAUAUCAUCAUAUGAGAUCGUUCAUGACCCGGCAUCGUAAAUUCUUGAUACUAACUUAAAAGAGAGAGAAAUUCAGAGUUAAAGACUAAACGUGGCUAGUGCAGAGAGAAUGAAAGGAGAAAGAGAAAUUUAGCACGAGCUCUUCUCUGCAUUCAGAAUUUUUUUUUGUAACUUUGCCCGUAAGUUAAUCAUUGUGCUUUUAUACAGCUCUGUAAGACCUUUUGAUGCGUCAACCUCUUCGAUGUUUGUAGUAUGGCAAACACUGUGAUUAAAUUCUUAAAACAAGCGUCUAAUAUAAUGAAUUUCUGUUGUCAACUUCUUGUUAAUCAUAGUUUUCCAAGCCUUUUUUUUCUCUUUUUCAUUCACAUAUUCGUUGCACACAAAUGAUGAAAAACAGCUAAUCAUUUUCACCGCAGAUGCUCUCCACAGUGGAGAUACUUGACACGGAUUAAGCUUGAAUAGCAGAAAUAUGCUUUCCGAAACGAGCGUACCAACAUCAAACCCGUUUCACCGCAUUCUGAGCAGUCUAAAUGUCAUCUAGACACGUCAAACUCGAUAACAAGACGCGAAAACUGUCUAUUAUACUAACGAGAAACGUUUUGAAUACUUUAUCAAAACAUACGGCUUUCAAUCCGGAUUGGUUGCCGUUAGCUUUCACUCUGGCUUACUUGCGGUUAUUCACAUCGUCUACAGGGAAAGGGGCUGAUUCUCGUGGAUAGUAUCGAAUGCUGACCUCGUUUCUAAAGCGUACUCUGUUGACAGUCCUCAAUUAAAACUCUCCUGUAGAGAAAUUAUAUACCUGUUCCUGUACCUUAACGUGACUAGGUGUCAUAAAUCAACAUAAAGAUGUCGAAAAACAAACGAAAAAGUUAAUGAACGUUAGCGGUCUGGUGAGUGUCGCGUUCAGUUGGUUUCCAUUUCAAGUUUCGUUUCUACGGACUCCACAUUGAAUCAGGAAAGAAGACAAAGAAGAAGAAGAAAAAAAAGAAAACUGCUUUUGCUUAGCCUUUGAAGAAUUUUCUGAUUUUGUAAGAUACCUAGGACAAGGUUAGUUUUUUUCUAACAACCACAUUUUUGUAUUUGGCACACGCCCUGUUCUUUUAUUGGAUUUUUUCCAUACUUAUUACUUCAUCAAGUUAAGAGUUUUUUCAGCAUUUCAAAUAUAUGACUUGAAGUUUUACAUGUCAGACGGCUUUAAUUUUCUUGCUGAAACAAAAUGCCAUAAGAACCAAAUGAAAAAGGUGUUAGUUAGAAACUGUCAUUAGUCAAAAACUGUACUGGUUACAGUAGGGUUUUCAUUCCUGGGUAUGUGUUUGUAAGCUUAUAACAAUGCCCCUUUAAGAGCAGGCCUCUUGUUUAUUACUUCAAUUUAUGGAAGCAAAAUUGUUGAAUCUUGUUUUAGAGCUUGAUAGUCGCCAGUUGGGUUGCAUCGUUACCCGAUCGUUAUCGACGAGAGAAAUGACUGAAGGAAAAGCAACACAAUUCAACGAGCUCAACAGUCCGAAGGCAAAUAGAAAUACAAUCUUUUUUUAAUCUUUCGACAUAGUUUGAAAUCGAGUUCCUUCUGAUAAUUUAGAGUAAAGAGGGGAAAAAAGGUUUGGCGAGGCCAUGAAAUUAAUGAAAACAUUGCAACAAGUUUUGUUUGAUGCAAGAUUUGAUAUAAAUAUACUAGCUUAUACUAUAUUUCAACUCCGUUCGACAGUUAUGGUAACAAAUAAUUAGCAUAAUUCAUUGAGUGCUACCCUAGUUUUUCGCAGGUAUAAAUACUGCUAGCGCACCACAUGUCUCAGGUAUAGAGUUGUAAUUUUAUAUUCCAUAUUAAAUUUCGCAUGAAGCGAAACACACGGUUUUGUAAUGAUUUCCUUUCUCGGCCUGGCCUUUUUUCUGCUUUUUCUGACGCAGCUUAUGUUUCUUUGCUUGUGAUACAGUCAGAUGUCCCACAUCGAGGAGCAUUUUUUUGCCUUUUUUACUUAUUCAAAGUUGUUCUUUAUUUAGCUCAGUAAUAAAACAGAGGUCUGCUCAAAAACAUCAGCCUAAUAUCAAAAAAUUAUUUUGUUACAGAUUCUGACGAUGCCGCAACACAUUGGUACAACGUGUAUUUAUAGCAGUUUGCAGACCCUAGCAUCAGUCUUAAACCUUUUCUGUACCGUGAUCGAUAUAUCAAUUCUCCUAUCUGGCCACAAUACAUUUCUUUUAAUGUUUGUUGUAAGAAUUUGGUGGUUCAUCAACAAGUUGAUGAAUUUUUGUAUUUUCAUCACCUGUUUGCUUAACAAUGUUUGUAUAUCGUUCAGAGAAUUUCGAUGUUUGUCACUGUUAGGAGUGUUUGUUGCAUUUUUUCGCGACUGAAACUUAAAACUUGGAAUGUAGAAUUAAUGAGGUCAAAAAUCUUUGAUGUGUUAAUAAUGUACUUUAUAUUUAUUUACAUCUCAUUUUCAAAGAGUUCUUAUCAUAAGGGCGAAAGGAACCCUAGUCUUGAACAAGACAUGGGUUCAUAUUAAAUUAAACCGUGUGAAAGGGAAAGCUGUUAAGAUGGAGGUUUACUGCAGAAUAAAUCUUCUAUUCUCAUAAUUUAAGCGACAUUGACCUCCUAGUUGUAUAAUAAAUUAUAUUGAUAUAAGGUGUAAAUAAUAUUCAUUAAAGCAAGAAGGCAGCCUUGAUUUCUUGCUCUCAUUACUGUGUACAGAAUAAUCAGAUUCUAAAAUAAAAGAAUUCAAAGUUAUUCCUGAA